AUGGUGAGUUGAUGUCUAAGACUAGUUUUAUUCCACAAGAAAAAGUAGAAUUUUCGUGAUGUGAAGGCUUAACCUCAUUACGAACUUAAAAGAUCGUUCAAACCGGAAUCAAGUUUGAAAAUUCAGGUUCACCGUCGUCGGACACGCCACGCGUUGGAUGCCCCCCGGUGAGAUGUACAGACCCCGCAAUAGAUCGAAGUUUCUCUUCUCGCAGGACUUCUGAUCCAUUCCUUUUUGUGUCCUCAUGUUCAAAUGGACGUGACUCGUUCAUUUCAUAAUUUUUUUCAUUUCUUGUAGCGCAACACCCCCGGUAAACGCUCUCCUCACAUAGAGCUGUAUUUUUUUUUAUUCGUUUUUUUUCUCGUUUUUUUUUUAUGAAUUUUUGAAUACUGCCAGGCUUGAAAAUCUACGGAAAUAUCUCGCCGAAACCGCAUGUCUUUCAUGUAGAUAGGAAUUUUUUUUUAAUUUUCAAGAGAGUGAGAACUUGUUGCUGAAAUUUGCGAACAUCGGAAUAUGUAUAUUGAUAACUGUGGCUAUUUCUUUGAAUUUGAAGGAUUUUUUAGAAUCUGAUUGUUUCGAAUAAAUAUGUCGAGGGGUAUAUAUUUUCGUCGCUCAAGUUCCGACCCUAUAACCAAUUAGAACGCAAGCCAUCCACAGAGCGUUCAUGAAUGACGUCAUUGUACUUGACAUUUACAUUCUGAACAGACUAUACCAAUUUACCGAAAUUGAGCGCGUGCACCCCACGGUGUUUUUUUCAUUACGCAAGGUCAUGACUUUUCGUAAAUUAUGAUGCUUAGGGUGUAAGCACACCGAGACGCAAUAUCGCAUACUCAAAAUGUUUUUUUUUCAAUUUUAGAAUUUGCGAUUUCAGGAUAAUAGUCCUGAAAUGUUCGAAAUUUGUCAGUUUGAAGAAUAUGAUGUGAAAUAAACAUUCACUUACGUUAAAAAAAACAUUUAGGAACGAUUUCAAAAAGGGGAAAACUCUAAAUUACUGAUUACAAAGUAAAAAAACAAAAAAAUAAUAUGUAGGUGAAGCAGCUCCCAUUGAAUAAGCAUUUAUAAAUACGAAAAAAAUAUUGAAAUGAGGAAAAAUUCGAGGAGCAAAUGAAAAACAUUUUAUAUACCUCGAAAAACCUAGUUUCAGAAAAAAACAUAUAAUGGAUAGAAAGCAGAAAAUUUAGAAAAAAAAAAACCUCGUAUGGCGAAAUUUUUGUUUAAAUCCGAAAAACCAUCAAAAAACUAGAAAAAAAAAUAAUUUAGAUGAUGCAUAUAUCAAAAUCAUUAAACUGCAUCAGCAAAUUCAAUUUGGCUCUAAUUUACACGAAACCGGUUUUAAACUACGUCAAAGGAACUAGAUAAUAACUUUUUUUAUUAUUAACUGAUUAAAUUAAAAAAACUAUAGUUUCCGAAAUAGAGUGACUCUUUUUCAUGUCGCGAAACAGAUUUCAAAAAUUUUUGAAAAAAAUUAGGACUUUUUAGAAAAAAAUCUUCAGCUCUUUUUGAGAAAAAUAGUUAAAGAUCUGAAACCGGUUUAGAAAAAAAUGCGCAAUUAAAAGCUCCACAAGAUGUACCCAUAGAGAGGCGGAUCACAUAAAUGCAAGAAAUAGAAAAAAAGUAAAAAAACCAAGGAAAAAAAGUGAAGAAAUUCAAUUUUUUUGCAUCAGAAACCAUGAGAAGGGCGCAAUAAUGCGCCAUGGAUAAUAUGCCGCUGGGACCCAAAAUUUCGCAUUUUUUUCAUUGCGCGGAACACCGUGACCCACCGACCUUUAUUUCAACGCCGCGUGUAAGAAAAAAUUCCUUCUGACGAAAAUGUAAUCCAGUGCUUUAAGCGCAAGAAAUGGCAAACGCUCAAAUUUGGUUGAUUUUUUGGGGCGUUACGAUACUCAGAAGUCGUGCAGAAAAAUUGCGAAGUGUUUGCGGGCUAUAAUAUAUAACACUAAGAAUAACUGCCCCGAUAAACGCGAGACACUGGCGGUAUAUUGACGAGCUCGCAAACAUCUCGCUUUUUUUCUCGCGCCGGUCUCGCAUUUUUCUGGGCGCGAGCUCGCAUUUUUCUAGGCGCGAGCUCGCAUUUCUCUCGCAAUUUUAAAAUUUCCGAAAUGCAAGAUAAAUGCGAGAUGGCGCCGUGAAAAAUGCGAGGUCGCGCCGAGAGAAAUGCUGGAUCGCGCCUAGAAAAAAGCGACAUUUUUGCGAGUUAGUCAAUGUACCGCCACCGAGCUCGCAUUUAUCUCGUCAGUUAUUCUUAGUGUAACACUGAUAAAUUAUAGAAAAUCCCUUUUUAUUUUUUUAAACUCAAACAUAUUUGAAGAAUAGCGCUUAAAAAAUCGAAAAAGUAAGUGGAUUUCAUUCCUGAUUCAUUGAUGAAUUUUUGGAGAUAAUGGCGAACAAGUACAUGUCUGUGGCCAAAGACUUUAUUAAGAUGUGCGCCACGAACAAAGCAUUCGCCCAAGCAGCUGGUGCAGGAAGGGUAUCAUAUUUUUAAUUUCUUUUUUUAACUUAAAAAAAGUUAGAAAGUGUUGGUCUGACUCUCCUAUUUAGUUACAUAUCGCAUCUCAUAGAAUUACAAAUAUUGGCCGAAGAUGGUGAAAAAAACGUUCAAGCACAUGUUUCAAGUGUAGGUAGAAAACGUUUCAUCAAGCAUAUUUUUUUAACAACUUAUUAUGAGAUUAUGUUCCUUUUCUCCCUAACCAAAUUUCUUUGAAUAAGUAAGGGGUCAGUUAAUCCGCAUCAUGGGUUUUUCCCUCUCCUGCAACAUCGCCAUACCAUCUCGAUGUUGAAAUUAAAGGAAAUGGAAGAAAACCAUAUUUUCGCAAAAUCAAUGACUUGGGAAACUCAAGGCGACGGCAGUGCACGUGGAAGAAGGUCGUCUAAAAGUCGAGCUCGAAGUUCGAGAGGAGAUGACGAAUCCGUUUGGGACGCUCCAUGGUGGCUGCACGGCCACACUCAUCGACGUAUUCACUACCGGCGCUCUUCUUUGCACGGAACGCGGUGCUCCUGGCGUCUCCGUCGACCUCCACGUAUCGUUCGUUACUUUCGAAUCAACUCGAAAAAAAAAUAAUACUCUAUUUUUGCAGCCAUUUUUACAUCUAUUUUCCUAGGUGUUUGAUAGAGCACGGAAAAGUAUAAUUUCAGCAUUUGUAAAAAAAAUUUCGAAUUCUAACAUCAAAGUCAUGCAUUUAAAACACAACAAUAUAUCGUGAAUAAACCAUAUAAUUUGUUCUAAACACCAAAAAAAAACCGAUUUUCAAGAUACAUGGCUGCCGCAAAGGCUGGCGAGAUCCUGGUGCUAGACUCUGUCGUAGCCAAGCAGGGUAAAUCCAUGGCUUUCACAAAGGUCAGUGAUAAAAUUUUGAAAAAAACGUUUUUUUAAAGGCGGACGUGUACCGAAAAAGCGAUAAUGUACUGGUUGCCACAGGGCUGCACACGAAAGCCUUCCCACAAAUCAAAUCAUAA